UGGACUGGCUUUAUCAGCUCCUGAAGUUCUUUUGAAUCAGGAAGUGAGAGUGUAAGCCAGCAUGGGUGCCUACAAGUACAUGCAAGAGCUAUGGAGGAAGAAGCAGUCAGAUGUGAUGCGUUUCCUUCUGCGUGUCCGAUGCUGGCAGUACCGCCAGUUAUCUUCCCUCCACCGUGCCCCACGUCCCACUCGCCCAGACAAAGCUCGUAGACUCGGCUACAAAGCCAAGCAAGGUUACGUUAUCUACCGUGUCAGAGUUCGCCGUGGUGGUCGCAAACGCCCAGUGCCCAAGGGUGCAACCUAUGGAAAACCCGUUCACCAUGGUGUGAACCAGCUCAAGUUCGCUCGCAGCUUGCAAUCAGUUGCUGAGGAGCGUGCUGGUCGCCAUUGUGGUGGUCUGAGAGUCCUUAGCUCUUACUGGGUGGGUGAAGACUCAACAUACAAAUUCUUUGAGGUUAUCCUUAUUGAUACUUUCCAUAAGGCAAUCAGACGCAACCCAGACACCCAAUGGAUCACAAAGUCUGUUCACAAGCACAGGGAGAUGCGUGGGUUGACAUCAGCUGGCAAGAAGAGCCGUGGUCUUGGCAAAGGCCACAAAUACCACAUCACAAUUGGUGGCUCUCGUCGUGCUUGCUGGAAGAGACGAAACACUCUUCAGCUUCACCGUUACCGCUAAUUGUACUUGUAAAUUUGCUAUUAAAAUAAACCUUUUGGUGAACCA